ACCUAUCGUCACUGGUAUCACGUCAGCGGGUGCACAAGUUCGCGUGACCUCUGCAACAACAUCCCGAAGAGGUCAAGUUCCACUUGUUCUGUUCGGUCGGUCCGUGAUUCUAGUCAAAUUCCAUCAUGAACGUGGUGACGGUUAAGACGACCCCUUACGACGGUCAAAAGCCCGGUACCAGCGGUCUGCGGAAGCCGACGAAGACGUUCUUGCAGCCGAAUUAUUCCGAGAACUUCGUUCAGAGUAUCUUUGACACUGUCGGCCCGCCCCUGGAAGGCUGCACCCUCAUCGUUGGAGGUGAUGGACGAUACAACGGCAUCCCAGCCAUCGAAAAAGUAGCGCAGAUGGCUGCAGCAAACAAGGUAAAACGUCUGGUCAUUGGACAGCAUGGUCUCUUUUCGACCCCGGCAGUAUCGUGCAUCAUCCGCAAGCGUAAGGUGCUUGGUGGAAUAAUCCUCACGGCCAGCCACAACCCCGGGGGUAUUAAUGCUGACUUUGGCAUCAAGUUCAAUGUAUCCAAUGGAGGUCCUGCUCUGGAAGAUAUCACAAAUAAAAUCUUCGAGCUGUCUCUAAAAAUCUCCGAGUACAAGCUGUGCCCGGAUAUCAAGGUGGACGUCACAAAAUUGGGUCUGCAGACUUUCCAACUACAAGAUGGGAAGACAUUCGAAGCAGAAGUGAUAGACGCUGUGGACGAUUAUGUGCAGCUCAUGAAGGAGAUCUUCGAUUUUGGCUCUAUCAAGUCUCUGAUACAGGGCACCGACGGCCACAAGCGCUGCAAGAUAUACAUCGACUGCAUGAACGGCAUCACGGGCCCCUAUGCCAAGCGAAUCUUUCACGAGGAGUUUGGGGCACCCCUAGAGAACAUCCACCAUGCCGUUCCCCUGGAAGACUUUGGCGGGGGACACCCAGAUCCCAACCUGACCUAUGCUCACAACAUGGUGGAAGAGAUGGGCAAAGGGGAUUACGACUUCGGAGCCGCAUUCGACGGAGACGGGGACCGCAACAUGAUUCUGGGCCACAAAGCGUUCUUUGUGACGCCCUCCGACUCGUUGGCCGUGAUUGCCAACAACAUGGAGUGCAUCCCGUACUUUAAGAAGAGCGGAGUACGAGGUCUGGCUCGCAGUAUGCCCACUGCAGGAGCUGUGGACAGGGUAGCUAAGAAAAAAGGAGUGUCCAUGUACGAAACUCCGACGGGCUGGAAGUUCUUUGGAAACCUAAUGGAUGCGGGAAAGCUGUCACUCUGUGGAGAGGAGAGCUUCGGAACUGGCUCGGACCACAUUCGUGAGAAGGACGGCAUGUGGGCUGCACUGGCAUGGCUGUCUGUGCUGUCCCAUACCAAGAAGGACCUCCGGGACCUGCUGGAGGAACACUGGGCGACCUACGGACGCAACUACUUCACACGUUACGACUACGAAAAGUGUGAGACUGAGCCAGCACACGCCAUGCUCGAUGCCCUCGAGAAGAAAAUUACUGCCGCGGGCUUUGUGGGUUCGCAGCUCACGGCAGACAACAAGUCCUUCAAGGUGGCCAGGGCGGACAACUUCAGCUAUACGGACCCCGUCAAGGGAUUUGUCUCCACUAAGCAGGGUCUUCGAAUCAUCUUGGAAGAUGGCUCGCGCAUCGUGAUGCGACUGAGUGGAACUGGCAGCUCUGGUGCCACGAUACGUCUCUACAUUGACAGUUACGAGUCUGAUCCCGCAAAGUGCAACAUGGACGCUCAGGUAAUGCUCAAGCCCCUGAUCGACAUAGCACUGACCCUUUCAGAACUGGAGAAGUACACUGGGAGGACAAAGCCCACUGUGAUCACGUAAUUAAAUGGGUACUAUGCCCCCUGUUCCUCACGUUCAAACAUGUUUCUUUCUAUUUUUGUGCUGUUAUGGGAAUGUUAUGCAUUUGAAUGCUCUAGUGAGAAUUUGCAAGUACAACGUGAAAGUUAGUUAGAUCUGAAUCCUGAAAGAGGUAUAUAAUUAUAGUUGCUCAGUUUUGUUUGGCAUUUUAUGGCGUGAACUCAUCUUAGGAGAUCGGUAUCGUGUCAACUUCUCACAUGGGCAGAGAUGAACAAUAACUGCUUAGCCAGCAUUUAGCAGAGGAUGUGCAGGUUCCCUGCAAAAACUGCUCAUGUGUGCCAAAGCAAUGAGUAAAACGCGGACUUCACUCAAAACAUAAAACAGCGAGGUCUACGAAAAAAUUGUGUUCUUCAAAAUAUACAUAUCCUUUUGUAGUACAUACACUGCGUAUAAAAUAGUGUCUUUCGUCUGAUCA